GGUUGUGGGGGGGGAUGGCGGAUUUGGGGCUGGGUGGGGGUGGAAAGGCCACGAGGAGCCGCGGCGGCUCAGGAGCGGGUGGUGGGCGUCUGAAAAGUCGCCACCAUGAGGAAGCUCUUCAGCUUCGGGAGACGCCUGGGCCAGGAGCUCUUGGACUCCAUGGACCAAGAGUACGCUGGUCGGGUGUACCACAUCCGGGACUGGGAACUGCGGAAGAUCCACAGGGCUGCCACCAAGGGCGACGCCGCGGAGGUGGAGCACUGCCUGACGCGCAGGUUCCGGGACUUGGACGCCCGGGACAGAAAGGACAGGACUGUUCUACAUUUGGCCUGUGCCCAUGGCCGUGUGGAAGUGGUCACCCUCUUGCUGAGCAGAAGAUGCCAGAUCAACAUCUGUGAUAGACUAAACAGGACACCUUUAAUGAAGGCUGUACACUGCCAGGAAGAGGCUUGUGCCAUUAUUCUCCUGGAACAUGGCGCCAAUCCAAACAUUAAGGAUAUCUACGGCAACACUGCUCUCCAUUAUGCUGUGUAUAAUGAGGGGACUUCACUGGCAGAAAAACUGCUUUCCCACCAUGCAAAAAUUGAAGCACUAAACGAGGAGGGAAACACUCCACUUUUGUUUGCUAUAAAUUCUAGGAGACAGCAAAUUGUGGAAUUUUUGUUGAAGAACCAGGCAAAUGUACAUGCCGUUGACAAUUUCAGAAGAACAGCCCUCAUGCUUGCAGUACAGCAUAACUCGUCAAAUAUCGUCAGCCUCCUCCUUCAACAAAAUAUAAAUAUCUUUUCUCAAGACCUGUUUGGCCAGACUGCCGAGGAUUAUGCUGUUUGUUAUAAUUUCAGAAGCAUUCAACAACAAAUUUUGGAACAUAAAAAUAAGAUACUUAAAAAUCAUCUUUGAAAUGAUAAUCAAGUCUCGCUCUAUCACCAGUCUGGAGUCCAGUGGCACGAUCUUGGCUCACUGCAGCCUCCGCCUCCUAAGUUCAAGCAAUUCUCCUGCCUUAGCCUCCCGAGGAGCUGGGACAACAGGCACUUGCGACCACGCCCAGAAACAGCAGCUAUGAAGCCUUGAAUUUUGAAAAAAAGACAAGAAGGUGCAAAAGUCUUUAAUCCUGGCAGGGAUUCACGGGCGCACACACACACACUCAGGAUUCAGAUCUUGUUGAAAGCUGCGAUAUCGACACUCUGCACGUGCUCCUCAAACUUGGUGAUCUCCUCCAGCAAGUCUGUCCCCACCUUGUCGUCCUCCACCACACACUGAAUCUGUAGCUUCCGGAUACCGUAGCCCACGGGCACCAGCUUGGAGGCCCCCUAGACCAGCCCUUCCAGCUGGAUGGAGCGCACACAGGCCUCCAGCUGGGCCAUGUCAGUCUCAUCGUCCCAAGGCUUGACAUCCAGCAGGAUGGAGGACUUGGCCACCAGUUCAGGCUUCUUGGCCUUCUUCUCUGCGUACUGCUGCAGCCGCUCCUCCUGCAGCUGUGCCGCCUUCUUGUCCUCCUCCUCAUUGUCGCUGCCAAACAGGUCAGUGUCAUCAUUGUCGUCAUCCUCUGCUGGUGUGAAUGGCUUCUUGGCCAGGGGCUCCACUUGGCGCAUGGGAGACAUGUGCUGGGUCUGUGGGGCCGUGGCCCGGCGGCCAGGCGAGUUCUUCUCCAGCACGUUCAGGCGGGCCUCCAGCUUGGAGAUGACCUGCUGCAGCUCCUGUACCACACUGCGCGGGCUCUGGUUCUCCACUUUCAGAGUGGUGAUCCGGACGACGAGCUUGCUGUGGUCUCCGCUGGGGCCGCUGGAGGCCCCGGGGCCUGAGCUUCCGGCCAGGGAUUUCUGGAUGUUCUCUCUGGCUCUCGCGAUGUCACGGAGGAUCACGCUGGCGCCGUUCUCUUGGCUGGAGGCACCGGCCGCAGGCCCAUUCAUCUGCUCGUAGAAUCUCCUUUCUGCGUCGUCAUAUUUGAACUUGUCGAACCAGAUCUUCUCAUGUACUAGGAAGUUUGUAGCCAUUUUUCUGACGCCUGCCAAGGACGCGACGACCAGGGAGGAGGAAUCGGCGGACGCGGGACACCUGAGGAAAGGCUAAAGUCUGUAGUUAAGUUGCUGCUACUUUUGAGUCAAUAACAUCAAGACCAGUGUUGGUGAAUCUUUUGGCCUUUCCCCAAUGCUUGAAAGAAGAUCACCACUGCUGGAGGCAUAAUGUACAAGGCAGGAAAAGGGAUGGAAUUGAUGGUGACAGCUAAGUCUGUCUUUUUUCUUAGGAAAUAAAGGUUUUCCUAGGAUACAUUUAAGUGUUUUGCUUCUCUUGGGCUGAGGGAGGUCAUUUGGCCACUACCAGUUUCAGAAGAUGAUGAUGUUACAGCACUAUUCACAAUAGCAAAGACAUGGAAUCAACCUAAAUGCUCAUCAAUAGUAGACUGCAUAAAGAAAAUGUGGUACAUAUACAUCAUGGAAUACUAUGCAGCCAUUAAAAAGAAUGAGAUCAUGUCCUUUGCAGGGAUAUGGAUGGAGCUGAAGGCCAUUAUCCUUAGCAAACUAACGCAGGAACAGAAAACCAAACAUCACAUAUUCUCACUUAUAACCAAACACCACAUGUUCUCACUUAUAAAUGGGAGCUAAGUGAUGAGAACACAUGGACACAUACAGAGAAACAACACACACAGGGGCCUACUGGAGGGUGAAGAGUGGGAAGAAGGAGAGGAUCAGGAAAAAUAACUAAUGGGUUCUGGGUGAUGAAAUAAUCUGUACAACAAGCCCCCAUGAUAUGGGUUUACCUGUGUAACAAACCUGCACAGGUACUACUGAACUUAAAAUAAAAGAUAAAUUUAAAAAAAGAUAAAGUAAGCCGGGCACGGCGGCUCAUGCCUGUAAUCCCAGCACUUUGGGAGGCCAAGACGGGUGGAUCACAAGGUCAAGAGAUCAAGACCAUCCUGGCCAACAUGGUGAAACCCCGUCUCUACUAAAAAUACAAAAAAUUAGCCGGGCAUGGUGGAGGGUGCCUGUAGUCCCAGCUACUCAGGAGGUUGAGGCAGGAGAAUCACUUGAACCUGGGAGGCAGAGGUUGCAGUGUGCCGAGAUUGCGCCACUGCACUCCAGCCUGGCGACAGAGUGAGACUCCGUCUCAAAAAAAAAAAAAAAGCAGUGAGAGAGGAGUUUGGGGAUUGCACGCUGGUUCAGCAAAGCAACAUUUUCCCAAAAGAUACACAAACUAUACAGAAGACCACUUUAAAAUAUCAUAUGUGAAGCUUAAGUUUUAAGAUUAAAAAUUCAGAAACUGUAAAAGAAUACACAUUUAAACAUGUAGAAAAUAAAAUUAUGUGAAUGGAAUAAUAUCACAUGCAAAGUCGAGACAAGGAAUAGAUGUUUUUUAAAAAAGGAGUUACUCCCUUUAACAUAAAAAGCUGUUUUAAAUUAAUAAGAUAAACAAUCCAAAAAGAGAAAUGUAUAAAUAAAUGCUUUAUAAAGGCAAUUUGCAGAAUAGCAAAUUCAAAUGGCCAAGACACAUUUGGAGGCAUAUUUAUAUACAAAUUACAAUUAGUUAUCAUUUGGAACUUGUAAAAUUUCUCAAGGUUAAAGAGUAACAGCAGCUGGGCACGGUGGCUCACGCCUGUAAUCCCAGCACUUUGGAAGGCCGAGGCAGGUGAAUCAUUUGAGGUCAGGAGUUUGAGACCAUCCUGGCCAACGAAAUGAAUCCCUGUCUCUACUAAAAAUACAAAAAUUAGCUGGGCAUGGUGGCAGGUGCCUGUAAUCCCAGCCACUUGGGAAGCUGAGGCACGAGAAUUGCUUGAACCCAGGAGGGAGAGGAUGCAGUGAGCCAAAAUUGUGCCUCUUCACUCCAGUCUGGGCAAUAGAGCAAGACUCAGUCUCAGAAAAAAAAAAAAAAAAAAAAAAAAAGA